AUGUCUAAGUCUAAGAACCAUACCGCACAUAACCAAACCAAGAAGGCUCACAAGAACGGUAUUAAGAAGCCAAAGACCCACAGAUAUCCUUCCUUAAAGGGUGUUGAUGCUAAGUUCAGAAGAAACCACAGAUGGGCUUUACACGGUACUGCUAAGGCUUUAGCUGCAAAGAAGGCUGCAGCAGCAAACUAA